AGUGGACUUGUAUGUGUGCAGCUCUCUGCAGGUUUUGGUCAUCACGCAGCUGCAACAUUGUUACGCACAGCCAAGUGAGGAGAGGAAGAGAGGUUAGUGUGUGUGUGUGUUGGUGCAAGCUGUGAAAGUAGCUACACAGUUGCUGGGCUCAUUGUAGUGUCACACAGGCCUGUUUUUUUUUAGAAACAACCGAGAAGCUCCAGCAGCUUUAUCAUCUCUGGACUGAUGGACGUCUUCUUCAGCUUCGUGUGUGCUGCUCUCCUGUGCUGCUCUGUCGUGGUGCACGGUAAGCCAACGUCAAGGAAGGAGAGGGUUAUUCAUGAACCAGACCUGGGCAGCAGGCCGGCCAACGAUGACAAUAACAGCUUCCAGUACGACCAUGAGGCCUUUCUGGGCAAAGAGGAAGCCAAGACGUUUGACCAGCUCACACCAGAGGAGAGCAAGGACAAGCUUGGUAAAAUAGUGGACCGGAUAGACAGUGACUCGGAUGGCCUCAUCACCACAGCCGAGCUAAAGGCUUGGAUAAAACGCGUGCAGAAGCGUUACGUUUAUGAGAAUGUGGCGAAGGUGUGGACAGACUACGACCUGAACAAAGACAACAAGAUUUCAUGGGAUGAGUACAAGCAAGCCACGUACGGAUACUACCUCGCCAACCCGGAGGAGUUUGAGGAAGCAACAGACCAGUUCAGCUUCAAGAAGAUGCUCCCUCGUGAUGAGAGGAGGUUUAAAAGAGCUGAUCUGAACGGGGACCUGGCAGCAGACAGAGAAGAGUUCACAUCCUUCCUCCACCCUGAGGAGUUUGAACACAUGAGGGACACUGUGGUUCUGGAAACCAUGGAGGACAUUGACAAGAACAGUGACGGACAUGUGGAUGAAGAUGAGUAUAUUGCUGACAUGUUUGCUCAUGAGGACGGGGGUCCGGAGCCAGACUGGGUCAGGACCGAGAGGGAACAGUUCUCUGACUUCCGAGACUUGAACAAAGAUGGUAAAAUGGACCUGGAUGAAAUCCGCCACUGGAUUAUGCCACAAGACUACGACCACGCCCAAGCCGAGGCCAGACAUCUGGUGUACGAGUCUGACCAGGACAAAGACCAGAUGCUGACCAAAGAGGAGGUCCUUGAAAACUGGAACAUGUUCGUCGGAAGCCAGGCCACCAACUACGGAGAGGACCUCACCAAGAGUCACGACGAGCUCUGAGCUCUCGGUGCAGUGUCUGACGUGUGUGUGAGGAGGGUUGAUGAACAUCUUUGUCUUCAAAGACAGAAUCACAGACUAUUGCACCUCCUUCCACCACUUCAACCACCACUCCAUCCUCUCCUCGAAAUAGUGGGACAGAUGUGUUGGAUUGUCAACUAACACUGUAGAUACGAAGAGGAGGGAUUAGGGUCGGUCCUACCACUAACACUAAGGGUCCAUCUCGGUUCUGUUUCUGACAUUCAGGAGCAAAGUGGACUUACUUUCCAUCGAUGGUGCCUUCCAGCCGCAUUGCCGGCAUCGCUGCCUCAGAUAUCUGUGUAGAUGGUCUUUAAUAAAACCUGUCAAAGCUGAAUGCCGAACUUUAAGUGAACUGUGAGAUACAGUUUUUGAUAUCACUGUUAAUGUGAAACUACAGCGCAGAACAAUUAUUCAGAUUUUAUUUAUUUAUCAAAUCUCUCCUGAACUUUAGGUUCGAGAGGAGUUCAGUGUUCAACUAGAGAUCGUUUUCGUUCACAAAUGAUGAUUCUUUGUUUACAGUUUUCUUUGCCAUAUGAUUUUAAUGAUUUGUUGUUUUUUGGAUUAGUUAAGUGCUUUAAGAACUGUUAAUGAACUGAUGUUUAAUGGCAUGGUUUUUGCACGCAUUUGUUUUUAGUGUAGCCUGUGAAAGGUUUUUUUCUUCCUACUUAGUUUGAAAUGUAUUUAUUGGUAUACUUCAGCCAACAGUAUGCUCCGUGUUAGAUUUUUAUUGAUGUUACUUUCGAGCUUUACCUUUUUACAGCUGUCUAAUUUAAUUAAGGUUGUGCUUUUGAGUACUGUAUUGGUUUGAAUACAUAACUCCACAUGACUCCUUGCUUCCUGUUACAUCACUCCGAGGUCAUCUUUUUGUAUCAGAUGUACCAAAUUUAUUUCCACUGCAUUUGGCAACAGUAUAAGCCUGGUGUUUUUUAACGUCAGAAAUUCAUCUUUUGUAUCGCAUUUUUUUUUAUUGUUUAAUGGAUAGUUUGUAUGACAGGUGCAUAGAUAUAUGCAAAAAGAUCAAACUAUGACCAGAAUUUGUAAUGUUAAUCAAAUUAAUGUUGCUCAAUACCCUUUUUCUGUUUUGCUUUGUUGUCCUAAUCCUCUCUGCAUUAAUAGUCCACAUCACACAUGGGCACAAACACAUCAACAUGUCACCUUUUCCACACUGAACAUGCUCAUGAAUUGCGUCCAAAUAAAAAAAAAUAUAUAUGUGAAA